AGAAAGCCCAACUCGUCAUUCUCGAGUGCAGAAAAAAAAAAUGAUGUGACGUAGAAGCCAAGAUGGCGGCUCCCCACUCCACGAUGAAAUUUUGGAAGCCGGGCGCCGAGGCUCCGGGGAUCUCAGAGGAACGGGAUCUGAGCUCAGAGACCACUGGCUCCCCCUUCAUCUUCAAUCCAAACACGGCCCUCUCUAUAGAGAAACAACGGCAAAAACUCCCAGUUUUUAAGCACAGAAACAACAUCUUAUACCUGGUUGAAAGCUUCCAGACUGUCAUAAUAGUUGGGGAGACCGGAUGCGGGAAGACCACACAGAUACCCCAGUACCUGCUGGAGGCUGGCUGGGCAGCAGAGGGGAAAGUAAUUGGAGUGACGCAGCCUCGACGUGUGGCCGCUAUCUCUGUGGCUAACCGUGUGGCGGAGGAGCGAGGGGCCCUGCUGGGACACGAGGUGGGGUACACCAUCCGGUUCGAUGACUGCUCUGAUCCCCACGCCACGAGGAUUAAGUUUUUGACAGACGGCAUGCUCGUGCGAGAAAUGAUGGCCGACCCGCUUUUAAAAAAAUACAGUGUGUUGAUGUUGGAUGAAGCACACGAAAGAACUCUGUACACAGACAUAGCCAUUGGUCUACUGAAGAAGAUUCAGAAGAAGAGGCGAGACCUGAGGGUGAUUGUGGCCUCUGCCACUCUUGAUGCCAAGAAAUUUCACGAGUUCUUUAACCUGAAUGAAACUGGGGAUCCGAACAAGGACACGUGUGGAAUCCUGACAGUAGAGGGACGCACUUUUCCUGUGGACAUCUUCUACACCGUCAGCCCCGUCCCAGAUUACGUAAAAGCCACAGUGGAGACUGUGAUGAAGAUCCAUGAGAUGGAGGAUGACGGGGACGUUCUUGCUUUCCUCACAGGGCAGGAGGAAGUGGAGAAGGUUGUGUCUCUCCUGCAGGAACAGGCCAGAGCUCUUUCUCGACAUGGGAUGAAGAAGCACCUGAGGAUUUUGCCCAUGUACUCUGGCCUACCCUACGCAGACCAGAUGAAAGUCUUUGAACGGGCUCCCUCUACUGUUCGGAAGAUUGUGGUGGCCACAAACAUAGCUGAAACCUCCAUUACUAUAAAUGGGAUCAUGUUCGUCAUCGACUGCGCGUUUGUGAAGCUCCGAGCCUACAAUCCUCGCACCGCCAUCGAAUCCCUGGUGAUCACUCCCAUCUCCAAGGCUUCAGCCAGCCAGCGGGCCGGGAGGGCCGGACGAAACCGACCCGGGAAGUGCUUCAGGCUGUACACAGAGGAGGACUAUGAGAAGCUGCCUGCCGCUACUGUUCCAGAGAUGCAGCGCUCCAAUUUGGCGCCUGUGAUCCUUCAGCUCAAAGCGCUAGGCAUAGACAACGUGCUGCGUUUCAGCUUCCUUUCUCCUCCUCCAGCUCAAACUAUGGUUCAGGCUCUGGAGCUUCUUUAUGCUCUUGGAGGUCUGGACCACUACGGCCGCCUCACUGACCCCCUGGGUAUGCGGAUGGCGGAGUUUCCUCUCAGCCCCAUGUUCGCCAAGAUGCUCCUAGAGUCUGGCAACUUUGGCUGCUCCAAAGAGAUAGUAACCAUAGCGUCGAUGAUGCAGAUUCAGAAUAUAUUUGUUGUGCCGCCCAAUCAGAAGAAAGACGCCGCUCGCGAACACAGAAAAUUUGCAGUCGCUGAGGGAGACCACCUCACCAUGCUGAAUGUAUACGAGGCAUUUAUUAAGCACCAGAAGAGUUCCCAAUGGUGUCAGGAGCAUUUUCUCAAUUACAAAGGUCUGCUGCGCGCCAUCACAGUGAGAGAGCAGCUUCGGCGUCUCAUGAACAAGUUCAAAGUGCCACGAAAUUCCAGUGAGGGCGACCCAGACGUGAUCUUGAAGUGUAUCGUGUCUGGAUUCUUUGCUAAUGCUGCCCGCAUUCAUCAUUCUGGUUCUUAUCGGACUUUACGAGAUGAUCUCGAGCUUCACAUCCACCCCAGCUCUGUGCUGUACGGAGAGAAACCUCCAAAGUGGGUUGUCUUUAAUGAAGUGGUGCAGACAUCAAAAUACUUCAUGCGUGAUGUGACGGCUGUGGAGUCAUCCUGGCUGGUCGAGCUGGCCCCUCAUUUUUACAAACAAGCUAAGCAUGGGUCACUGGCCAGCAAGAGAUCCAGAGUCCUCUGAAUAAACCAUCCCAAAGGGAAAGCAAAACAAACUUGCCACUGUGCUCCCAUCGUUUUUCAUUGUAUAUAUGAAGAUGUAUAUUUAUUGUCCAUGUCCACCUAGAAAGGUUUCUUCACAUUGAGUGGCCGUGUUACAAUAGAUCUCAAUUGUAGAUUUUUAGAGGUAAUGUCAUUUCCUUGGCUGUGUGUUUGUUUACAUAGAAAUGAAUGUUUGAGGAGGCCAGGCUGGGCCUGACGGGCAUCCAUUUGAGCAUGGUCAUUUGAUUCACUCAUACAACUAGAAAUAUAUAUAUGUAUAUGCAAAUAUAUAUAUAUAUAUAAAGUAGUAGUAGCACUCAAAGUAGGCUCAGGUCCAGGUUUCAGCUCCUGUGCCACAGGCCCAUCCACACCUGGCUUCAUUAUUAUUAUUUUCUUUAAAACCUGUUUUUUUUUUUUUUUUCUGUUUCAGAAAAAUAUUGAAUGACAAUAGACUGUGAUGUUAUUUCCCAAUGAGGGAUUUCUUUUUUAAUUGUAUUUGGUCCAUUCAUGUCCUAGGUGCCUUUUAUAUUUUAAUCACUUACCUUCCACUCAGUUUAUUUUCACCCAAGUUAAAUUGUGUCCUAUUUACCUACAGAUUUUAUUUCAGGAUCUUUCAUUAUAUUUUUUAUUCAGCACCUGGUUCUCUGAUUGAUACUGUGAAGAAGCUGCAUUUGUUUUACACUGAAUUCCCUCUUAGCUCCAGUAUAGCUCAGAUUUAGUGGCCUUGUCACCACACUGUGCCAAAUUGUUUUUAUUUUGUUUAAAACAGCCUGUUUCACAUUUCACCUUUGGCUGAAAUGUGUAAAUACUCCCAAAUAUUGUACAUGUAUUGCUGUGAAAUUAAAACGAGAACAGAA